GAAGUUACAAACAUGAAAAAUAUAGAUAUAGUGAGUGAUCUGUAACUUAGCCAACAAAAAUCAGAGUGUAGCGGGACUGAGAGGAGAUUGUGGCCAGUAACUGAUUAAUGGCUGUCAGAAUCACCUCCGCCUCCUUCUUCUCCUUCACCGGUCUCUCCUCUUCUCGAUUCCCUUCCAAAUCUCUCCCUCUUCUCACCUCUUCUUCCCCCAAUUCCCCAGCCACCAAAACCACCUCCUUCGUUGCACUCUCUUCACCAUCACCCCUAAUGGCCGACGACGACGACCGCCUCAAAUUCAUGGACUUCCCCUUCGCCUCCGGCCCCAUCAGAGACGCCAUGGUCGAUCUCGUCUCCACCGUCGAGAAUCGCCUCGCCGCUCACCUCCUCCCUUCAACUCUCCCGCCAGACGCCCAGUAUUGCCGCAACGAUCCCGGCACCGCCCACGCCUCCCUCCACAUCCGCCCCGGCCACCAUUCCUCCCCGGUGGAUUUCAUACUUGGGAGUUGGCUUCACUGCAAGCUACCCACAGGCAUGGGAUCGCUGAACAUAACAAGCCUCUCAGCAUACCUAAACACUUCCACCGACGCGCCAAACUUGUUGAUAGAGCUGAUUCAGAGCAGCCCGGAUACCCUGAUUUUCAUCCUCGAUUUGCCUCCUCGAAAAGAUCCCGUCUUCCAUCCCGACUACCUCCACGAAUUCUACGAGCAGACUAAUUUGGACUCUCACAGGCAACUUCUGGAGAAGCUCCCUGAAGUCCGUCCUUACUUCUCCUCGUCACUCUACCUCCGGAGCGUCCUCUCCCCCACCGCGAUCAUCGUCAGGAUCCAGGGCGGUGGGACUGGGCGGGUAGAGGAGAUUGUCAAGGAGUAUGUGCACCCGGUGGCGAAGGAAGUUGUGGGUAUCUGGUUGGAGAAAUGUGCGUUGGAGAAGAGAGAAUUGGGGGCGGAGGAAUUGGUGUGUUUGAAGAAGAGGGAUGGUUUGAUCAAGAGCAAAACCAUCGAGAUUGAUCUGGGUUCCAAUUUACCCAGGCUGUUUGUGUUAACGAAUACGGAAACAGAAUUAUACGAUAUGAAAAAUCAAACAAUACGAACACCGGAGUUUACGUGGUAUCCCUGGAUAUGA